AUGAGUGAUCCAAUAAAUGCAAACCCAACAAUAAUCGACGUCAAUAAUCUACCCACGAGACUAAACACGCUAGAUGAUUUCUCAAAUGAGUCCAAGAAUGCAAAACUUAUUUCAGAAAUUACAUCACUUUCACUACUCAAUUUACCCGAUGUAGGAGACGAUGUAUCAUCACUUGAAGAGUCACUUUCGUCUUCAUCACUAAGCACUAACCCGUCAUCAGAUGAAGAAAUGGAAGACACUAAAGAAGAAGCCCCUGCCAACCCCAACGCUGAUAAAGAUGAAAAUGAAGCAGAUCCAAUAGACGAACAAGAAAUCUUUGAUCUCAUAUCAACAAUAUCCGACCCAGAACACCCACUUACCUUAGCACAACUAGCAGUAGUCAAUCUCCAAGACAUUUCGAUUUCCCACGCACCCACUCGCUCUCAAAUUUCAACAAUCACAAUCAAAAUCACACCUACUAUAACGCACUGUUCAUUAGCUACGUUAAUCGGUUUGGGAAUUCGUGUACGUUUGGAACGUAGUUUACCAGCAAGAUUUAGAAUCAAGAUUGUGAUAAAGGAAGGUACUCAUCAACUGGAACUGCAGGUGAAUAAACAAUUGAAUGAUAAAGAACGUGUUGCUGCUGCUUGUGAAAAUGAUCAGUUGUUGAGUGUUAUUCUGCAAAUGUUGAGUAGUUGUAAGUAG